AGGGGGAGGAGAAGAGUAGCUUACAACUUGGAAGUGUCGAGACCAUCAUUUGGACCAGCACACAUUCAAAUACCUGCAAAAGUCUAAACAAGGAGAAGGACUUUUCGAGCAGAGCGGUAAGAAGAGAUUUAUUUUACGAUGUCUGCGUUUGAGGCCCAGGGACAGUCUCCUCCUCGGUGUGGCCCACAGUUCCCCAGCCUCGGCCAGGAGCCCCCUGAGCUCAGCAUGUACAGCGACUGCUACUACCCUCCUCCCUCGCUGCCAAGUCCUCAGCGCACCACUCCGACCUCCUACGACCUGAGCGACUACACCACCUCCUCCCCGAACCCUUACCUCUGGUUCAACGGCUCCGGGAUCAACACGCCGCCGUACCUGGCUACCGCCGGCCCGCCCGGUAACCCCGGCCCCCCCUUCGUCCCUCAGCACUACGGCAUGCAGAGGCCUUACCUGGGUCCUGCCGGAGUCGGGGGUCCAGGAGGGGAGCUGAGCUGGUUCUCUCUCCCCUCGCAAGAAGACCUGAUGAAGUUGGUGAGGCCGCCUUACUCCUACUCCGCUCUCAUCGCCAUGGCCAUCCACGGAGCACCAGACCGGAGACUGACAUUGAGUCAGAUCUAUCAGUAUGUGGCCGACAACUUCCCUUUCUACAACAAGAGCAAAGCAGGCUGGCAGAACUCCAUCAGACACAACCUGUCACUCAACGACUGCUUCAAGAAAGUGCCAAGAGACGAGGACGAUCCAGGCAAGGGCAACUACUGGACGCUUGACCCAAACUGUGAGAAGAUGUUUGACAACGGAAACUUCCGCCGCAAAAGGAAGAGGAAGUCCGAUUCCCUCUCCGGCGCCGACGGCAGUUCGGGGGCUCCGGAGUCAGGUGACAGCGAGAGGGGAAGCCCCAAACACUCGGCCAGCAUGAACAUCUCUCCCACGCCUGACAGGAUCCCCUCCCCUUCAUCGUCAGUCCCCGCACCUUGCCUCAGCAGCUUCCUGUCCGAGAUGUCCGGCGUGACGGCCGGAGCAGCCGGCGAGGUGGGAGGCGACGCGCUGAGCAGGCCCUUGCAGAUCAACCUGCCUUUAGAUGGGCCUCAUAGACCCACGCAACCUGGAAGCUUUGGCAGCUACUCCCCCAACUCAGGUGGGCCAGAGUGGGCGCCGCAAGGACUGGCUCCCCCCGUGCUCUCCUCUUCACCCACCCACGCCUCCCUAGGCUACGCCAGCCCCAUCCUCAGCCAGUACACUGGGUCCAGUGGGCAUUUCUACCCUACGCUGGGCUCGACAGGAAUCAUCUACCAUCGCGAGGGCACAGAGGUUUAAUGAGACAUUAAGAAAGACUCUUGAUGGGAAAUGUCACCUAUCUGGUCACUUUUGUCAGAGAGAGAGAGAGAGAUUCGGUUGUGAAAGACAACACACACACAAACACACACAGAUUGCGCUGACUGAGACAGUUGAGAUCACUAUAGCGUGUGACAGCUGAGUAAAAAGGGGUUAGACUCCCACAGUAACAGCUGAGUCAGCUACUAUGGGUGUCACUCCCUGAACCCGCAGUCAGCCCCGCUAUCAGAUCCUCAGUCAGCUUUUACUCAAUCUAAAGCCGGCACCUAUCAGAUCUGACUCAUUAUUAGCACAUCCUGGAUCUGAUCUGCUGACACCAGGUCAUUUCACAUUACUAUCGGUGAUUCUUUGAUGGUAUCAACCAUACAAACAACACUCAUACAGCACAUUUAGAGGAGUAGUUAAUUACCCCAUUGUCUACGUAUGGGAAUGUGUAGGAAUUAACAUAAGCUAAAAGGUAGAUGUUUUUUUGUAGUACUAAAGCUUAAAUAAUCUGAUGUCUGUUAGUGGUUAUUGUGCUUUGUAAAUAUGUCAAUGUGUUGUGUAUUGUUAUGCAUUUAUAUUGUUGGUUUAUUGGUACAACUGUUAUUGUAUAAAAUUGAUUCCUAAUGAAUGGUACAUGCUAUAUGCGUUGUGUUUUUGAUAUGAAUAAAAGGUUUUAGA